ACAGCACAUUUGACACUAUUUUUUGUUUGUUGUGAUAACGAAAAACAUAGAAAAAGCGGAAUGAAAGAAAACGUCACGGUACAAAAGCCAAUGACAAUCAUAUCGAAAUAAACAACGGCUAAACACGAACAACAGACAACAAUUGCAGGCGGCCGAGGCUAAAAGUGUUUUAACAAUUCUCAAAGAAACAACAACACCAACGGAGCAAACAAUAUGGAAAACGUCAACUGAAUCUACCUCUAUUUGAAAAUUCAAAUGGAAUUAAUUUUUUGUAUUGUAUAAAGAAAACCCAAAACGUUUGAAAGAAAAAAACUAAAAACAAAAAUUGUGUAUCGAAGAAAAUAAAAGUUAACAGCACUCUUAACUUGUGCCAAACAAAAAUAGCGCUGCACCCUCCCCCGCCUAGCGUGAGGGCCAUAGUGUUUGUGUGUGAUUAAAUGUGUGGACCAGACCAAUGUCAAUUUCAAGGAGAAUCUCAAAGAGCAACGUAUGGAAGUCUUUGGUGAAUGCUUAAAGAAAAUUUUUCAAACGGUUAGCACCACAAGCAGACAAUCAACAAAAGCUCCAGUUGCUGGACGGCGGCAGUAGCAAGCAAAACCCAACCAAACCAAACCCAAAAGCCACAACGCACAACAAACCAAGUACCAUAUAAACAACAACAUCAACAAUAAAGGCAGCAACUACUACGACGUAGCCAUUAAAAUGAAAACGAAUAAAGUGGUGAUUUUACGCCAUGGCGAGAGUGAAUUCAAUAAAUCGAAUCUAUUUUGCGGUUGGCAUGAUGCUCCACUAACAGAGAAAGGCCUUGAGGAUGCUUCAAAAAUUGCCGUAGCUGGUCUACGCGAACAUCAGAUGCAAUUCGACAUCAUCUACACCUCAUUGCUGCAACGAGCCCACCAAACCUUGGACAUUAUCAGGGAACAAAUGAAAUAUAACGAUGUGCCUGUGGUCUAUGAUUGGCGCCUCAAUGAGCGUCAUUAUGGAAAUUUGACGGGCUUUAAUAAACGACAAAUGGCCAAUAAAUAUGGAGAAGAAAAGGUACAAAUCUGGCGUCGCUCUUUUGAUGUUCUACCACCAGCUAUAACCCCAGAAAAUCCCUAUUAUGCCAAAAUUCGCAACAAUCCUAAGUUCAAAGAAAUACCAAAUGACAAAUUUCCCGAUACUGAAUCCCUAAAGACUUUAAUGCUGCGAGCCAUACCUCUGUGGGAACAGGAAAUAAUGCCCAAAGUUCUAAAAGGCCAAAGGGUGUUGGUGGUGGCCCAUGGCACCGUGGUGCGAGCACUGAUCAAAUACAUCGAAGACAUAUCCGAUGAAGAUAUUAUGGGGGUCAACAUACCAAAUAGUGUGCCCUGUGUCUUUGAAUACGAUUUGGCUAGUGGCCAACGCCAUGGCAAAGUCCAAUAUUUAGCCGAUGCAGAUUAUGUAAAGAAGGAAACCGAUAAGGUGGCUGCGAUAGGAAAUUAAAUUGUUCGAUGACUGAUUUUUUUCUUUAACUUAAUUUUUUUGUGGUUAUUAUUUUACAAAAAGAAAUAUACAAAUUUAAAUAUUUACAUACACAAA